AUGGCGACAGUCUCGGGAGCCGGGAAAAACGAAGAACAUACCAUCAAAGUGGCGUCGAAAAAGGAUAAAGCGACUGGAACCAUCAAAUUGAAGAAGCCGGUCCCGAAACCGAACAAACCCGGAAUAUGGCGAGAUGGCAAUCUUAUGGAUGAUGAGCGCAAGCGGAAGGGGAAUGACGCUGCGGACGCGCCUUCGCCCGGACCUGUAGUCAACCCACUCGAUGAUACUGCCAGAGAGACAUUUGCUACCGGUCGGCCUCUUGAAGACAGCCCCGAUUUGCAACAAUGCAAGCACUGUAAGAAGAGCAUCCUCAAGACGGCAGCCAAAGGCCAUAUUGCUCAGUGUCUGAGGGUAAAGAAAGAGAAGGCCCAGAGGAAGAAAGAAGCUCGCGAGGCCAGAGAGCGGGCCAAAGAAGCUCUUCGCGAAGAGGAGGCCAAGAAGGCUGACGAAGACGGCGACGGCAAAGGAGACGACGAUAGUGACGGUGACGAGGAUGGUGACAAGAAAGGCGUCGCGGGCGCUAGCAAGACUGCUAAAAAGGCCGCUGGAAAGAAGGCGGAUGGGGAUGCCGGCAAGGGGAAGAAACGCAAGGCAGAAGGAGACGCUGACAAGGGACCCAAGACCAAGAAAAAGAAGGAAGAUCCAAAGCCUAAAGUCCCGAAACCCAAGGGUCCUGUGGACGUCGAACGGCAAUGCGGCGUCCUGCUUCCCAAUGGCAUGCCUUGUGCUCGAUCGUUAACAUGCAAAAGCCAUAGCAUGGGGGCAAAGCGUGCGGUCGCUGGACGUUCUCUUCCGUACGAUAUGCUGUUGGCAGCUUAUCAGAAGAAGAACCAGGCGAAACAACAGAAAGCUGCUCUUGACGCCAUAGCACCGAUUGAAGACGAGGACGACGCCAAUACGGGGCCUGUCGACUCUGAUGAAGAGACUGCCGCAGUCAUAAGCGCACUCUCACACUGGAACCCCCAGCCAGUGGUGCCGCAGCCUAUUGUCAACCCAAUCAAGCGCAAUUACCAGCUUGCCCGCCUGCACGAGCAGCUGCAAAUGGCAACUAACGGCGGCCGAACAAGCAUAUUCAAAGUCGUGGGCUUUGGGGCGCAAAAGCUACCCGAAGGCCACUUAUCCAAUUUGGCAGAUGGCGAGGACGCGCCAGGCGAACCCGAAUCGGCUAUCGUUUUCGGCGCUCCAGGACGAUCGUCAAGCUUCGGGAUGCAAGGGCAGGAGCAGCGGAGGCCAUCAGUCAGCAGCCGAGGGUAA